UUUGUCAGUUCGCGGGUUUGAUGUCCCGAUCGAUACUGUGCAAAAUUCUUCAACACUCGUCGUGAUACGUUGUGUGUUUGGUGCGGUGAAACUAUACGUUGACAAUUAACGGUGUUUAAUGAACAAAAAGCAAUAAUUAUGGAAAAGGAAAGCCGGAAUAAGCCGAUUUCGAUCGUGCCGAAGAACGUUUUUGGGCUGCGAACCGAUAUCGAUGGAAAUGUCCACUUUACGGCUAAUCAGGAGAUAAUCUAUCCCGUCGCCGGAGUGCUCGCCGUACAUGAUUUUGCAACAAACAAGCAGAAAUUUUUAAGAUUUCCCGAAAAAAAUAACCCAGAACGAAUCGUUUUGAGUCCCGACCGAAGAUUCAUUGCUAUUGCGGAGAAAACAAGCGAUAACAAAUCGUUGGUCAACAUCUACGAGGUGAGCACUCUGCGAAAACGAAAAACGCUCCAGUUACCGCCUGACUGUCCAUGCACGCUCAUAGGCAACAUCUGUUUCACGUUCGAUUCCCGCGGAGUGGCCGUCCUAUCGGUGGAACCAGACGCAUUCCUCUCGAUCUUCUCCUUCGAUAAGAAUGAAUCCCUUAUCAUUGGUCGUGCCUCGAAUUCCAGCCAGCAGGGUCAAGCUACCUACCUGGCCUGCAAUCCGUCCGAUUCAACGAUCGUUGCCGUUGGCGGGUACUAUAUGCUCAAGAUAAUGAACAAGACGGACAAGGGAUUCGGUCAGAUCGGAUCGAUCAAGGGGGACAAUCUGCUGGUGACCUCGAUUGCCUGGCUAACUUCGGAUGCUCUAGCUGCAGGAACUGCAGAAACUGAGCUAAUCAUAGUCGAAUCCGGUGAACUUAAGUUGAAGCUGCGGGCAGAUGAGGUGGAAAACAUCGAUCUAGGCUUUGACGGAGAAAUGGAAAGCGGUUCUCCGAACGCUGAUAGCACCGAACUGAAACAUGACGUACUGUGCUUGACGCAGUUCGAGUAUGGAUUCCUAUACUCGAUCCAUAAUUCUGUCCACGUGUUUGAAAAAACGUCCGGUUACACCUUCAUCAAGAAAUCCAUUAUACGGAUACCGAUCACAUUGUUCGAUGCUGAGACCUACCAGAUCAAAAAUGUGGCCAUCAACGCCGAACAAAAUACGAUUGUUGUAGCGACGAAGCAUUCCCAGAUAUACAUUGCCAUGCUGUACGUCCCCGAAACACUUAAGGUCAGCGAACUCGUUUUCCGACAUUUGGGUGAACCAAUCCAUGUCAGUUCAAUCGUGGGACUUGAUGUCUGCUCUUGGAAACCUAUGCUUAUGACUGCGUCCAAGGACAUGACGAUUCGACUGUGGAACUAUCAAAGUAUGAAGGUGGAACUGGUGAAAAAGUUUCAAAUCGAAAUCGGAGUGAUCGCAUUGCAUCCGUCCGGGUUCUUCGCAGCGGUUGGAUUCAUAGAUCUCCUGCGGUUGAUGCAAAUCCAGCUGGACGAUCUGAAAGUGACCAAAGCCUUCAACUAUCCCAACUGCACCCAGCUCAAGUUCUCGAACCAUGGGCAUCUGCUGGCGGCAGCUCACGACAAGAUAAUCAGUUUGAUCUGCAUCUUCACGUUCGAGGUGGUCCAAACGUUGAAAGGACACAACGGUACGGUGCUGAGCCUGUGCUGGUCGGCCGACGAUUUGAUGCUGUCCUCGGGCGGUAACGAUGGCGCAAUCUACAAGUGGAACGUUAUCGGCGGCGAGCGGAUGGAGGAGAUCGUUCAGAAAGGAAUCCACUAUCGAUCAUUGGCCAUGAGUAGCGAUGGAGCUUCGGUUUUCGCCAUUACGAACAGUGGACUCAUCCGGGAGAUGUGGAAGUCGGAUAUUCUACGUGAAUUCAAAAUACCGAACCUCACCCCGCUAACGGAUAUCGCGCUAUCCCGCUCGGAUUCUAUCAUGUUUGUGGGCACUGAAAAAGGUCACCUGUACAAUGUGGACAGUAGCAACGGAAACUGCAACAACUUCCGGUUUUUCAAUACUGCCAUCACGAAAAUCUGUAUAACCUACAACGACUACACACUUGUAACGGCAGCUGAUGAUGGCACAUUGGUUGUGUGGACUAUUCUGAACACCGAAGGAAAGACAGCUCCCUGUGAACCAGAACUGGGUCUCUGUACCGAUGUGCUAAUCGCUAGGCAGGACCUGGUUGACAAAAACGAAACCAUUUCCACGUUGGAGAUGCGCAUCCAGCAGCAAAUUAUGGAGUUCCAGUAUAAAAUGAAACAGGGCGAUAGGUUCCACUCGGAACAGAUGCGGGACAUACAUCGGGACUACUGCGCCGCCAUCGAAGAGCUGAAGAAAACAAACGAAGAAAUGGAGAUGGCGCACAUGGAAGAGUUUAACCUAAUGACCGCCAGUAUUUCUCAAGCUAAGGAAGAACAUCAGAAGGAGAUGAUGGACUUGGAGGCCCAGUUUCAUGAAAAAAUUAUCAUGGAGUAUGACAAGCUGACUGAUUUGAAGUCCCGAAUGGAUCAAAUGCGCGAGGAAUAUGAGGUCAAACUACGCAGGUCGGCUGGUUGUCUGCAGGAUACAAUCGAAUCACUUGAUGCCGAUCAUAAGAAGCAGCUAGUAGAAAAGCAGGAGAUCAUCAAUAGUCUUCUCCAACAGAUGGAUCGCAAAAAGUUGGAAUUCGAUGAGUACUGCAAACAAGUUGACGUGGACAACGACAGAAACAAAGUGGAAUUGCAGCUGAAUUAUGAGAAAAAGCUUCAAGAAGAGGAAGAAAACUGCAUGAAAUGGAGAGGCGAAGCAGGUGUAUUGAAGAAGAAAUUCUCCACCCUCAGCAAAGAGGCUGAAAACUACCGCAAAGACAUAGAAACACUUCAAUAUCAGCAUGGUAGAUUCCAACAGGCAAUUGAAAAACAUCAAAGUAAUAUUGAAGAUCUGAAGCGAGAGCUCGCGGAUAAAGAAGCUAUUAUCAAGGAAAAGGAACGCAAACUACACGAAAUGGGCAAAAGAAACUUAGAAUUAGAAAAGUAUAAACAGGUACAGACACACAAAAUAAACGAACUAAAGAGUCAAAUAGAACCUAAAGAUCGAGAAAUUAAGGAGAAAAAAGAAGUUAUCAGCGAGAUGGAAAAGAAACUUGAUGAAUUGCAAACCAACAAUAAACAGCUGACCUUACAGUUGCAAGAACUCCAAGAUAAAUAUUUCGGAGCCGAUUUGGAGCUGAAACGGGAAAGAGAUAGAUAUCGUCAUGCCAAUCAGCAGUACCAGCAAGUGUGUAGGGAAAUUUUUAACGUAUCCGGGCUCAUACAAAAACCAGAUCAGCUUAAACGUGGGAUAACUGAUCUCGUGAAACGAUACCUAACCGAUAAGGAAUUACAAAAAUCCCUAGCCCUCGGUGAAGAUGUUCAAAAUGAAUUCCUCCGACAGAGGGAACACCUAGAACGACUGACGAAGAACUCCAAAAUGAAAAAUAACCAGAAGAAGGACAACACCGAGACGAUAAAGCUGAUGCGCGAAAACAUGGAGCUUCUUGACGAGCUGAACAAACUGCGAGAACUACUCAACGUUAAGCAGAGAGCUUGCACCCGAAUGGAAGCCCUGCUGGGACUGUCCAGUAAAACGUUGUCUCCAAAGGAAGCCAAAAUUAUGCUGGAGAAAGCCGUUACGGACAAAGAUGAACUGGAACGCCAACACCAGGAGGAAGUCUCCAAGCUUCAAGAUAUUAUCAAAACGCUUUCAUGCGAAAAUCAGAACCUACGAUCGGAGAUGUUGUUGCUGAAUAAAAAGAAACCCGGCGAAGGGUAAUUUUAUCUUAGCGUGCGAUAGCUUUGGAGUAAUCAAUUGGUAAUCAACCCAAUAUAAGGUUGAUUUCAUAUACAGUUUGCAGAAUUAAAUUUUUAAUUCAGAUUUCAGAUUUAAAUUUUCAGAAUCAGUUUCAGAUUUCAGAUUAAGAUAUCAGAUUCAGGAUUCAGAUUUAAGGUUCAGAAUUCAGCUUCAGAUUAAAAUUUCAGUGUCAGAUUUCUUAUUCAAAUUUCAGAGUCCAGAUUUCAGAUUCAGAUUUUAGUUUCAGAAUUCAGGUUCAGAUUAAGAAUUCAGAGUUCAGAUUGAAAUUUCAGAUUCAAAUAUCAGAUGUUUUAAUCCAGUUCAGAAUCCAGAUUCAGAUUCCAGUUUAAUUUUAUUUAUUUGAUAUGAUUUGGUUUUUAAUUUUUUUUUAGUCUUAAUUUAAAAUGGCUAAAAACUACUAUACUUUUAGAAAUAUUUAAACAUAAACUAUCGAGUAUUGAUAAAAUUAAAAGACAUACACCGUCUUAACCGAUUUAGGCUUUACAGACUGAAUAAAUGACAUGGACAACUAAAGAUUAACAUUUAACACCCAGUACCGAGAUGGAAAUCGAACCCAUGCCAUCAGUGGACCAGUGAUUACCCUCUUACCACGCUAACCACUCGACCACCGAGACGUAUUCACAGGAAUUGUACAUUUUUGCAAGUUGCAUUAGCCGUUGCGUUCUCUAAUUAAAAAUUCUUUAAAAGUCAUGUAAAGGGUAUAGCCCUUUAAGUAAUGUUCUCUUUUAUUUCUCAAACAAAUACUUUUGAGCAUUAGGAAGGUUUAUUUAGUACAUAUCAAAGUCAAAAUAUUUGCAGUCACGUGAUUGAAUGUAAAAAAUAUGGUUAAGGCAUAUAAAUAAUAAAUUAGCACAACAUAUAACA